GAAGUGUGUAUUUUUUAAAAAUUUAUUAAAAUUCAUUUUUUUUCCUGAAUAAGCAGAUUUAUUUGGUUUAAACGCUAUGAUUGGGGUAAAAAAAUCGAUUCCUCACAAAGUGGAUUUUAGAUCCAACCAGCGCUGUAUUGUGCCGAAAUGUUACACAACUGGCUAUAAAUUACUUCGGGUACCACGUGCCAGCAGCAAAGUAUUUAAACGAUGGCAAAACCUGCUAAAUGUAACAGGUUAUGGAGGUGAAUUCAUUUGCGAAAGGCAUUUCAAAACCGAUGAUUUUGUCGAAAAUUCGAGAAAAAAGCUGAAAGCAUCUGCGAUGCCAUUUUUGAAACUACCACCCACUUCCAUAAAGAUAAGGAUACAAUCCGGAUGUUGUAUAAUAGGUUGUCAUUCGAAACGCAUAGGAAAUAUGGAAAAGUUUCCUCAGAGAAAAACGGCGUCGUUCGGAAAAUGGUCAGAGCUACUGGGAAUCACAACUGAGGAAGCAACUAACCUUCCCCUGUAUAUUUGUCGGAGGCAUUUCGCAACAACAGAUUACGUAACAGUUCGUUCUCGAUAUUUGAAAAUGAACGCUAUUCCCUCCCAGAACAUCGUGAGGAUGAUUAAAAUGCCAUAUAUGGAUCGAAGGAAAGUGAGGGAUUUGCCGACUCAAGCAUAUCUGACAGAUCACAGUUAUUGCAAGGAAGACUUGAAACCAAGAAGCAAUCGAUGUUGUUUUGUGCCAGGAUGUUCUAUAAAAAGUUCGAAAGGGAUAUUCUUGCACAAAUUUCCAGAGAAUAAGACAAUAGCGGAGGCCUGGAGACAUGCCAUCAAAUCAGUACACAAACCGACUCAGAAUUCCUUCAUUUGCAGCCAACACUUUCAUCAAAGUGAUUAUGUAUCAGGACGAAAUUUAUUGAAGAAUGGUGCUGUGCCUUGCCGCAAUUUACCUUCAACACUACUGGAGAAAACUCAAUCAGCACGAAGUAGUAAUAAUCCAUAUUUGCGAGCAUUCAGAAGUUUUCGGAAUCCAAAACCUACCUGUCCUUAUCGCGCCCUCGAUAGUAUAUCCGACGAGGAAGUGAAUCCCGUUAUUACAGCACAAACCAUGAGCAACAAAUCUAACGAUGAUAGCGCAGCAACAAAGGAAGAUAUUUGUCGGGAUUUUCCUACAGAUACAUACAAUAACGAAGGAUGUGAGGAAAAGGUGUCGUUUUUGUCAGAACUUCCUUUCUACGAAACCACUGAAAGAAUCGAUCAAAACAAUAACGUGACUGACUGCACAAAUACUGCAGAACAGAUCGAUAUCGACCGCACUAUUCGGGAACUGCAGCAAAAAAGGAAAAUUAUUCUUAGUGAUCUUUUAGUCACGGACAAGGAUUUGAACGUGUGGACGGGUAUGCCAUCAAUGUGCAUAUUGGAAAUCCGUUAG